AUGUUCCUGGCUGCUGCCCUUAAGCCUUUAUCUGAAUUUAAUACUGCCUUCCAGGUGGGUACCAAUGACAUUGUAUGUAUGUGUGAAUAAUAGUUAUAAAUAAAUAGGAUUGUGCUAAUUGUAGCAUUCCUAAUUCCCUGUUUUUUGACAUUUUCUGCAGUCAGAGGAAGUGCAAAUUCACAGGCUUGAAGAGGAGAUGUGCAGGCUGAUCAGGAGGAUCCUGGGGGGAUACCAGCCAGGGCCAUCGUGGGUGUACCUCUCAAGGAGGUGGAGUAUGGAGAAGGACAUCAGCUGGCUGAUGAAGACCUCUUUAUCGGAGCAGACACAAAGGCGUUCAUGAGAAGAAAAUCUUUCAGUGAGUCUGUUACCCAGCAGUUAUGCAAUCAUGCUAUCAUCUCAGUAUGAGAGUAUAGGCUAUGUGCCUAAAAUGUUGCCACUAAUCAGUUUUUUCAACUCUUAUGCUGUUGUAGAUCUGUGAGAAGAUUCUAUGAAGCAGUGCUUCAGAAGAUGUUCUCCUCCUUUUCCCUUGACAAUCCACUCCUGAGGGACCUGAAAGUGCUGGACCCUAUUGCUCGCCUUGACUUUACUCCAGGGGCAGGUAGAUGUUUGGGACAGUUUCCCCACUGAUAGAAUGAUUGAGUUAGUGCAUAGUUUAGAUCAGCAAUGUUCAGUCAAACACUUAUUUUGCUCUACAGUGGAAAGGCUAGUGGCCCUGCUCUCUCAGUUGAGCUUGAGUGAAGAUAAGCUGAGAGAGAAACUCAUUGACUACCAGCUGACAGACAGCAAGCAACUCUAG